GUAAAUUCGCACCCUGAGUGUCUGCCUCAUUGUUGUGACAUUUUUAGCGGGGGAUUCUGACCGUUUUCAUAAAUCUCAGCUCGACAAAGAGACCACUUGUUCACCGGUGGGGUGUCACUGUUUGGUAUUGAGCCGGUUUACUGGUGUGAUUCCUUGUAAAUACCCUUUAUUUGUAUAUACUGUAAAUGAUGACGUCCAUGGGCGGAAACCGGGCCCGGGGCAGCUGGGAACAGACACAGGGCCAAACACAAGGCCAGACACAGCACAAGCAAAGGCCACAGGCCACCGCAGAGCAGAUCCGACUUGCGCAGAUGAUUUCCGACCACAACGAUGCAGACUUUGAGGAGAAGGUCAAACAGCUGAUUGACAUCACAGGCAAGGAUCAGGAUGACGCAAUGAUCGCACUGCACGACUGCAACGGGGAUGUCAACAGAGCCAUUAACGUGUUACUAGAGGGUAGCCCAGACACUGACUCGUGGGAAAUGGUGGGCAAAAAGAAAGGCGUGUCGGGCCAGAAGGAGACCAGCCAGCCAGAGGUCGGAGAGGAAGGGAAAGAGAACCGGGAGAAAGAAAGAGAGAAGGAUGCAGCACGUCGUCGAGGCGGACCUCCUCGCAGAGGCCGCUGGGCUACCAGAGGCCGAGAGUUUCGGGGUCAGGAGAAUGGCUUGGAUGGAGGAAAAGCAGGACUGGCAAGCCGGGGCGCAGAGCGAGGCCGAAGGGGGCGGGGACGAGGAAGAGGGGCUAUUGGAGUGUCAGGGCGGCGAGGAGGCAGGUUCUCAGCGCAGGGCAUGGGAACCUUCAACCCUGCUGACUACGCUGAGCCAACCCAGACGGACGAGAGCUACGGAGGAGGCAGCAGCACCUGGAACAAUACAGGAAGCGUGGAGCAGGAGGAUGGAGCAAGAUUGGAAUACUCUCCAGGAGAUGCGACAACUUACCCACCCAAGUUUGAAACAGCUUCUGCACCCGGCCCCUGGAGAACGGCCACGGAGGAGUGGGGCACUGAGGACUGGAAUGAGGAUCUGUCUGAAACCAAGAUAUUUACAGCUUCCAGCGUGGCAUCCAUUCCACCACCUCAAGAGAAUGUUACCAUCACCAAAGGACAAAGAAUUGACCUCGCGGUGCUCUUGGGGAAGACUCCCCCGUCCUCCUCUUCGGAAACAGAAAACCCCCCGAUGGAGUCGACCCAGUCCCCCUCCUUGCCUCAGUCACUGGUUUUCAGCAACUCCAAGCAGGGACCGCCGCUGUCCCAAACCUCCUCCAGCCCCCCGUACACUCAGCACGGCAUGGUCAGCAUGCUGAACAAGAGCUUUGGGGACGUUGGGGAGCCUAAAGGAAGUAGCACCGGUACCACUGGCUCCCAGUUCCUGGAGCAGUAUAAAACAGCCCAGGCGCUGGCUCAGCUGGCUGCCCAGCACUCCCAAACUGCACCCGCUAACACAAACCCCUCAUCCUGGGACACCAGUGCCAACUCACGGGCACAAUAUGACAUGAAGGCUCAACCAGAGGCCGCCAUCCACACGCCUUUUGCAAAGCGGCAGCCCUUCCAGGCCACCACCUCCACGUCGUCUAUGUUGGAUGUUUUCCUGCCUCCUUCAGCCUCCGCCUCCUCCUCCUCCUCUGCUGCUGCUGCGGCUGCUGUUUCUUCUUCUUCCUUGCCCUCGCAAACAACAUCCUCGCCACACAUUGUGCCGCCACCUGCUUCUUCCCUUCCCAAAAUGGUGCCGGGCCCGUCGCUAGGUCAGCAAGUUUCGCCGAGUUCCUCGGAUGCGCAGGGCUCCAGUCCGCUGCCUUUGCAGCAGCACAAACUCAGACCACAGAAGAAGAGAACAUCCAUUGCGACAAAGAUUCCAGCCAUGGCGGUGGAAAUGCCGGGCUCCACAGACAUCUCAGGCCUUAACCUUCAGUUUGGAGCCCUGCAGUUUGGGUCGGAACCAGUGCUACCAGAAUACGAGUCUGUUUCCUCCAACACGACAUCCAACAACCCCAUUCAGAACAGUCUCUAUUCAAGCCCCAGCAGUGAGUCAACUCCAGCUCUUUCCAACUCCAGCCAGAUGGACCUGUAUGACCAGAGAACCCCACAGACUCGGCGUUACCCACCCUCAGUCUCCUCCUCCCCUCAGAAGGACAUGCAGCCCAAGGUUUUACAGAAUGGCUUCAGUUCUCUACAAGCGACGCAAUCUGUUGAAGCUGCAGCAGGUUCUGCAGUACCGGUCAAGCCCACACCUGACUCUGUGGCACCGGCAGCGUUGACGGAGAGCGUCUCGGGGUCCGCCUCCUUGCUGACGACAUCCAAUCAGGCAUCGCUCAGCGCUCUGGGGCACAGUGAAGACAUGCCACCGAGCACCAUGCCAGCGCCUCAGCACAACAACGCGCUCUCGUCACAGCAAAAUAGCCUUGCCCCAUCUUCAGGUCGAACAUCCAACUCGAGCUUACUGCAGCACCCCAACGUUGACGGCGACUCCAGCCUCCACUCCUCCUCCUUCCCCUCCGCCUCAGCUGUGUCGUCGUCUUCGGUCCCCGCCGCCUCGUCGGCUGCAGCGGCGCAGGCGUCCUUGGGGGCACCACCUCAGGUGUCUCAGGUGGGCUCCGCCCCCAUCUCUGCGCCGUCUGGCCUUGGCCCUGUCAACAACCUGACCAUGGGUCUCAACACAGCCACCAUGGGCGCGCCGGGUGUGGCGUCAGCCGUUGCUGUUUCGGCCUCCACAGCAGCUCCAUCCUCAGCGGCUUCCUUGUCCACACGCAGCUCUGCAGCAUCCUCAGGGAAAGCACCUCCAAAUCUGCCACCCGGAGUGCCCCCUCUGCUGCCCAACCCAUAUAUCAUGGCCCCGGGACUACUGCAUCCCUACCCACCUCAGGUGUAUGGAUAUGAUGACCUGCAGAUGCUGCAGACAAGGAUACCAUUGGAUUAUUACAGCAUUCCCUUUGCAACCCCAACAACAGCACUGACUGGCAGAGAGGCCAGCUUGACAAACAACCCCUAUUCUGGCGACUUAUCGAAGUUUGGUCGAGGAGAUGCGUCCUCGCCAGCCCCGGCCACCACGCUAGCUCAGACACAGCAGAACCAGACCCAGACGCACCACUCGACCCAGCAGCCCUUCCUCAACCCGGCGCUCCCUCCUGGCUACAGCUACACGAGCCUCCCAUACUACACUGGCAUGCCAGGCCUGCCCAACACCUUCCAGUAUGGUCCUGCUGUGUUCCCGGUGGCUCCUACCUCGUCAAAGCAGCACGGAGUGAAUGUCGGCGUCAAUGCGUCAGCCACACCUUUCCAGCAGGCUAGUGGCUAUGGUUCCCACGGAUACAGCACUGGCUAUGAGGAUGUGGGCCAGGCUUCAGGGAGUGGGGAUUUCUGUAAGGGCGGAUACGGCAAUGCCGUGGCCGCCGCCGCCGCUGCUGCCGCCGCCGCUUCUGCUCAAAACAAGCCAGCAAGCUCUGUCACUGGGCCUGGAGUCGGCGUUUCUGUGACGUCGAGCAACACCGGGGUACCUGAUAUUUCAGGUUCUGUUUACACAAAGACGCAGCAGUCCUUUGAGAAGCAGGGUUUCCACGCCGGCACGCCAGCUGCUUCCUUCAGCCUGCCCUCGGCUCUGGGCAGCGGUGGUCCCAUCAACCCCCCGGCUGCGGCGGGCUAUGCCCCGGCGCCCUUCAUGCACAUCCUGGCGCCGCAUCAGCAACCCCACUCCCAGAUUCUGCACCACCACCUGCAGCAGGAUGGACAGAGUGGCGCUGGCCAGCGCAAUCAGAAUGCAUCUAUUCAGCAGAAGUCUCAGAUCAACAAGUCUGCAUACAACAGCUACAACUGGGGGGCCAACUAACAUCCAUGCUAGGAGCCCAACCCCCACCCCUGCCCUUUUUUCUUUCUGAGAAGUGUGGAGUAGCUGGGAGGGAGGGGCUCAUAUCUCAUCAUGUAGAAACUCCUCCUGCUGAGAUCCCCCGCCUGCCCAUCUUCUUUCCUCCCUGCUGAGGUCCUGCUGGGCCGAGAGCCCCAUCAUGACGCUGGGACAGGAUGGGAGGGACGUAGAGAGGGGAGGGCGGAGCUAAAAAUGUUGAGUGCUUGGGAAUUUGGGUUGUGUUGUUCACCCCCACCCUUUUACUUCCGCUUCUAUGUCAAAUGUUUCCUCUAUGGUUCUUUGUUGUUGUGGUCUCUACACCCCGACCCCUCCUUUUUUCAUACUAAUUGGGAGGAAUGAAGUAAAACCAGAAGGUGGUGGUGGUGGUGGCAGGACCCCCCCCCCUUCCCCUGCACAAACUAUUAAUUUGCUCGAUUUGCUGUUUUUUUUUUUUUCUCCUCCUCACCCAUUUUUAUGUAAUUUUUUUUUUUUUUUUUUUUUGAAGAAACAAUUCUCUCAAUUGGUAGAGUUGUGAAGUUUAUUUUUUACUAAAUAUAGAUAUAUAUAUAAAUAUAAAUAUAUAUAUAUAUAAAGACUUAUAAGCGGGCUCAGCGGCUUGGAGUGAUGAGGAAGGUGUGUUUAUCAUGUGAUUGCGUGCAUGUUUGUAGAUGUGGGGGGGCGGUGGUUGUGGUUGUGUACUGUGCUUUGUUUUUUGCCUAGCACAGACUUUUUUCAUAGUGUGUAAAAGAAGAAAACGACAAAAAUGAAAAGCCUCUCCGACACAUGUACAGUAACUGUUACUAUGAAUUAUAAGCAAUGUUGUGUAACACGUAUUCUGCAAGACAAGUUAGAGGAUCAUUCCCAAGCCCAUACACACCCAGUCUGCCUUCCUGUGUGUUUUCUUUUUAGUUUCUGAGACCGCCCCUCCCCCGCCGCCCCCUCCAUCUCGCAUCUUUACCCUGCACAUUUUAAGGAGAACCUACAACAUCGAAUACUGAUGGACAGAAUUGUACUUAUGGGUCUUUUUUUGUCAGUGAUUUAUUUUUCUUUUUGUACUGUGCAUUUUAAAAAAAAUGUAAAUGGGUAAACUUGUCUUGUACAUAUAUAAAACAAAAAAGUACUGUAGUGCCUGUUUGCUUUCUCUUCCUCAAAAUCUUUGCAGACCUUGUUAGAUUUUUGUUUGCAUCGUUUUUUUUUAUUUUGUAAAAAUAUAAAAAUGUUAAGUAAAUAAACAAGGGAAAGACA